AUGGCAAGGAAGAAGGUUCAGGCUGGACAUCAGGAGAAAUUUCCUGACCCUGCCAUCCAGCAGAACAGGCUGCCACGUGAAAUGAACCUCAGAAGAGCAGCCAAGGGGAAGAAUGGGGCAUUUUCUAAGUGUAAGGGAGAUUUCUCAGAGCUGGAACGCAGGCUCAGCCGUUUUUCUAGACAGCGGAUUGAACUGAAAGAAGUGCUAUGUAUGUUUAAAGAAAUGCUGAAGCUGGAAAUGGAAGUCGAAGCAGAUGCAUAUUUCUUACCUGGAGGCCCAGAAAAGUCAGCAUGGUGUUCUCGCUUUCUCUGUUCCUGCAGAAGGACUGGAGGGGGGCUGGCCUUGUCCCAGCUGGCUCAGAAUCCUGUUUCCUUCGAGGAGGUCGCUGUCCGCUUCUCCGAGGGGGAAUGGUCUCUCUUGGACCCCAGCCAGAGAGUCUUGCACAGGGAAGUGAUGCAGCAGAAUUACGAAACCGUGACCUCUCUCGUUCUUUCCCUCACCAGUUUGGGUCCAAACUCUUGGGUGGAAGAAGAAGACGAGGCUGUUUUCAGUCUUCGCUCUCAAAGUUCUGAGAAAGGGGACAAUCACGAUGUCACUGUGACAGCAAUGGGUGGGCCAGAGAAGAACCAGGAGAAGGAGAAAGAUCUCCAGCCAGCAAAUUUUGAGGAAACAGUCUCUCAAGACACCUUGAGAAAAGAGGAAGGGUAUCGUCUUGAGAAGUACGCAACUUAUCAUCAGCGCAGAUCUGAAAGGCAGAGGAAAGCUGGGGAAAAGACCAAAGAAGGGAAAUCAAGUCUUUCUCCGGCCGACCGUCAAAAUAUUGGCAAAGUCCUUCUCCAACCGGGAAUCAGCAAAGGAGGGAAACAGAAGGUAUGUCCCAAAUGUGGCAAAGUAUUUAAUCAGAGAAUCCUCCUUCUGAAACAUAAGCGGAUGCACCAAAGGACCACUCCCUAUCAGUGUUCAGACUGCGGGAAGAUCUUCAGCCAGCGCUCCCACCUUAGCAAACACAAGAAUUCGCACACGAAAGAGAAGCGGUUCAGGUGCUCCGACUGUGGGAAAACUUUCCAUCGGAGCUCCCACCUCUCUUCGCAUCGACGGAUCCACACCGGGAUCAAGCCCUACACCUGUCCAGGUUGUGGGAAGCGUUUCUCCCGGGGGCCUGACCUUCGGAGGCACCAGAAAUCCCACACGGGAGAAAAAUUGCACAAGUGUUUGGACUGCGGGAAAAGUUUUGGCUUGCACUCGACCCUUAUCAAACACGAGAGGAUCCACACCGGAGAGAAGCCGUAUAAAUGCUCCAGCUGCAAAAAAAGUUUCUCUCAGAGGUCUCACCUCAUUGUGCACAAGAGGAUCCACACGAAGGACAGGCCCUUCAAGUGCAUGCUCUGCGGCACUGGCUUCAUCCAGAAGGCACACCUCGUCUCACACCAGCGGACCCACACGGGAGAAAAACCCUUUCGCUGCUGCAGCUGUGGCAGGAGCUUUAAGCGCAACGCCACCCGUGUGAAACACGAGAAGAGCCAUGAGAAAGGUCCAAAGGCUUCGCUGAUGGGGAGCCUCUCCCUCAGCCCUUCCCCGCUGUGUGGACGGGAAGGACCGCCAUGGAGGUCCAGCUGCAGAAAUGUUCAAAGAGUUGGCAAAGCUGCUGCUUAACCACCUAUUAGCAAAACCAGAAGUACGGCAGAUGUGACCCUGGAAUAUCUUGGACUGGAUUUCCCAGUUUAUUGUGGGAAACGAGAGGAAUGGUGGGAUGCUUCAGUUAUGUCUGGAAAAGCCAUGGUAGCGGAAGGGGGAGGGGGUUAACCCUUCUCUCCUGUGUCAUUUCCUGGAUUAAAAUGGAGUUUUUCUCACCCUGCCCCUCCCCAAACUGCUAAGAGAUGCUCACUGGAAAAAGUCCAGGAACGUGUAUCCCCCAUGCCUGCUGUUUUUCAUUGCAAAUCUCAUACCAGCUUUAUAGGAUUUAAAUCAGAGAAAUUACUUUGUGGAGAAUGGAUUAGUUGUCUCUGCUCCAAUCUGUUUUGGAGGUUCUCAGGUUGAUUUUACACAUAAAUUAAAACACUGGGAAAUCAGAUGAUUGGCUUCCUACUAGGAACAAAAGAGGUCUGUGAUGUUUCAGAUCCAUAGGUAAGCGACCAAGAACCUCUGAUGUUUCUGACUUCAUCUCCCACAGUUCUUUUCCACUGGCCAAUGAUCAUUCGAGGCAAUAGCAGGUGGGAGUCCCAAACAUCUGGGAGGCAUCAGGCAGAUGUGCUGAAUCCACAUCUGCCCCAAGCACAUCUCCAGAUUACCUGCAGCACUGGCUACUGAGGGUGCUCAGAUCCCAGAGGAACAUGGCGUUGUCUCCAUGGUUAAUUUUGUUAACACUUUUCCGCUGAAUAUGCUGGUGGAUUCUUCCUCUUUCUCAGUGUGCAAAUUUUGUUCUCACCACCUGAAAUUACAGCUAGAGGAAGUAAUGAAUUCCUUGCAGGGUUCUCAGAAUGACAACUGUUGCGUGUAAACACAGAGGAAAAUCAGUAUAGGAAACCGCCUUCCUGCAGUGCAGACCACUGUCAAUUUCAUACUGUACAUCAGGCUAAAUCAGGAUUGGGCAAUCUGCAAUUUUAGGGGUACGUGGGACCAGAUGUAUCUGUAGGAGGGUUGGGAGGGGGCAGACAAUGAAAACAGUAUCACACUGACACAAUGCAAGCUGUACCCCUUUUGUAUAUACGUUGUGAGAUGGGGCACACGUAUGAAAGGGGCAGGGCUUCUGUUCCACUAGUGCAGUGCUGCUAUCAAUGGUUUGAUGAUCCAACAGAUGGCCCUGCAUGGACCUCCUGAGUCUCCUGUGAUUGUGGCCCUUGGUCACCCCUACACUAAACCAUAAGGGGGGUUGAUUUGGCUUUGAAAUCAUUUCUUUCAGUUUGGCUUGGGGUGAUGUGGGAAUCCAGCCACUUUGACCUAGUUUAGGUUGUGUUCGGUGAAUAAGCCAUGAAUUGUGGCUUAUUUAAUAAACCAUGGUUCAGCCAUGUAUUAGCACGGUGUGUGAAUGUAUCAUAUCUGAUCAUCUCAUCCUAAUGUAAUAUAUUGCGGUAGAAAGCAGCACUCUGGUUUGGGGCUGAGUGGAUAGAAAUCUGUCUUCUGCCAAGCUUUUGGGGAGAAUGAAAAGCUUUACAGCUUUAUAGCUGUAUCAUUUCUGAAAAGAAUAUCAUACAUCUAUUCUGUGGCUAGAUUUUUCAAGUCGACCAGUUUUUAUAGAAGAACGAAUGUUUAGACCUUUAGAAAUUGCAAUAACUUUAUUCUAGGGGCCUUUUAUGUAUUAAUUAUAAUGGAAAAGACACUAGAAACACUGAAAUUAGGUAGCUAAUUCUGUAUGACAUCCAGAUUAGACACUUGCUUGAAUUCACGGUCUUUCUCAAACUGAUGCCCUCCAAUUUUUUAAAAUGAUACUCAGUCAGCUCCAGUGCUUCUGUAAAAAGACUUUUCCCUGGGCCACGUUUCUGCUUGAUUAAAGUCACACUAAUGUUUGAAUGUAGCACCCUAGCAAACGUAGAAUAUGCACAAAAUGAGUCCAAUUAUUUAGGCUAUUUUUUAUUCUUAUUCUAUUUCAGUAUCCAAAUACCACUAUUUGCAAUAGCCAACCUAGAUGUUUCUGGCUUAGAAAGCAAGGUAUCCAAAUUUAGAAUAAACACAAACCACGUCUAAACAUUUUCUGCCCUCUUUAAAAUUCAAGAGGAGCUGGCCUGGUAGAUCUGAAGAUGGCCAGCGUGAAGCGAAGCAAGUGGAUUUAUUACUCAGGGUUGGAGAUUUAUUAAAAUGCCAUUUUUCAUCUAGCUUUCAGUUAGACAUCUGCUCUUGGCUGUGGCUGUCCCCUGUGGAGAAUCGGAAUAAGAAUGUAGCUUGAAUUAAUUAUACUAUCUUAUAGUCAUUUCUUUAUAUAUAGAUAUAGCAUUAUGUAUGUUUUCAGUUGUACAGUGUUCCUCUAGUAGUGGGAGACUCUUGUUAAGAUGCCAAUUUGUCGCCUGUUGGUAAUUAAUGAAUUUAUGCCUUGAUCAGAGGCAGUAGACUUAAGGAUGCGCACUGCUGUUUCCUUGUUCCCUACCUCUUUUCUCAGCUGAGAAAAGAGUACGGGAUCAUCUCAUCAGAAAAGUGCUUCCCAAACUUUUUC